AUGGCUGAAGAGCAGGUGAGGGGGCAGCAUGGCCCUGACCCAGCCCCCAGACCACAGAAGCCCCCUGAGGGGGUCCUGGCUUCCAGUAGUGGCGCUGAGGGGCCCCCCUUGACGAGGAAGAGAAGCAGCAAGAGGGAGAAGGGGCUCCGAGGGUCCCGUAAGGUCACCGGCAGCUCUGGGGAGCAGACCCCUAAGCAGGGCCCUGAGGCCCCGGGGAGUAGCAAGAACCCCUCCAGGACCGGAGAAGGGCAGGAGGGGCCGGCCCCUCGUCGCCAGUCCCACCGGCACCGUCCUGGCCCCCAGCACGAUGCUGCUCAGAGGACAUACGGGCCCCUGCUCAACCGCAUCUUCGGGAAGGACCGAGAGCUAGGCCCUGAGGAGCUGGAUGAGCUUCAGGCCGCCUUCGAGGAGUUUGACACGGACCACGACGGUUAUAUCGGCUACCGGGACCUGGGCGAGUGCAUGCGGACGCUGGGCUACAUGCCCACCGAGAUGGAGCUCAUCGAGGUCUCUCAACACGUCAAGAUGCGGAUGGGUGGCCGUGUGGACUUCGAGGAAUUCGUGGAGAUGAUGGGCCCGAAGCUGAGGGAGGAGACAGCGCACAUGCUGGGGCUGCGGGAGCUGCGAAUUGCCUUCCGCGAGUUUGACAGGGACAGGGAUGGGCGGAUCACGGUGGCAGAGUUGCGGGAGGCAGCACCGGCUCUGCUGGGGGAGCCACUGGUGGGUCCUGAGCUGGACGAGAUGCUUCAAGACGUGGACCUCAAUGGGGACGGCACCGUGGACUUUGACGAGUUCGUGAUGAUGCUGUCCCGCCACUGA